UAUAUAUAUAUAUUUUUAUAUCAAUGCUUGUCACUCUACACUUGUCACAUCCCUGCGUGUCACUCUAUCAUUAUCGCGCAUACGCAUACACGGCAGUCCUGCUCGCUCGCGCGCAGCGCCCUCGCGCACAUACACCCAUGUACGCGCAUGCGUUUCACGUUCCGCGUUUCGCCGUCGUAUCUCCGAAAAAGAUGGCCGCCACGAAAGCGUACGGUGGUGAUGUUGACGUUGUCGUUCGCACCGAGGUCGCGUCACGUCCUCGCGCAGCGUAAAGAUAAACGUGCGUGCGUGCGUGGGGUCCGCGUGCGCCGUGUGGACCGUGUCGUCGUGCAUCGAGCAUCGUCGCGGGCGACGAAUAGACGAAAGUGCAAUAACGUGCGAGUGAAGGUGGUGCCUGUUCAUCCAUCGAGUACGGUGGAUUCGUGCGACUCGUGCACGGUAUCUCUCUCCGUCGGUGAGUCCGACAGUGGCCGACGGCAGGACGGCCAGGGGGAGCGAGAGUGAAGGGACGAAAGAAACAGAGACGGACCAACAAUCGGCUAAAGAGAAAGAAGGAGAGAGAAAGAGAUACGAAACGAGUGUUCCGAAAACUCAAACGUGUCCAUCGCGAGUGAGCUUCAAAACGAUCGGAGACACGUUCACAUUGGGAAAACAAGAGAUCGCCUGAUCGGCGCUUUACCGGCGAGAAGGAUUCUUAGGAGCGUGCGUGCGAGAAGGGAUCGCUGGACAGAAGCAUCGUCGGGCCACGCGUGGAAAAAAUUCGGCGAGAGAAAGAGAGAGCGAGAGGAGAGAGAGAGAGAGAGAGAGAGAGAAAGAGAGGAGCGAGAACGAGAGAGCGAUACGUCUCGCGUCGCGCUGAGCCGAGUCAUCGUGAUCGCGAGUGGUGCGUGGUGAUUUCCCCGCGAGUGAAACAAAUGCGUGCGCGUGCCACGACGAGACUGCCAGUGCUGUGCGUCGCCGUCGCGUCACCGUGCCAUCUUACCGUUGCACUAGUGGCAACGAGCAAUCGUUGUCAUCGUUCGAACCGCUCGCUUUUACGCGCGACCCGAGCCUUCGUGUCAACCGAGGGACGGCCAUAUUAAUCCUCGAUCACCACCGCUGCCAUCGUCGUCGUCGCCGCCGCCGCCGCCACCGCCACCGCCGCCGUCGUCAUCGUCAUCGUCGUCAUCGUUAUCGCCAGCGCUGCUACCGGCUGUUGGAAUACCCUUCCAGGAAUAUACACUUUCCAGAGUUUUGCGACGAAUAUUCGGCGACGAGUGUGUGCGUGCGUGUGUCCUCUCUCUCUAUCUCUCUUCACCACCACCACCCUCCCGCCGAUCGGGGUGUCGUGCAUGCAUGCGUGCGAGGUAGCCGCGAGUCCGGGUCACCCCUCGAGUUUGUUUUCCUUUUCUCCGUUCCUUCCUCGCAUCUACGCUUUAAACCAUCAUCGCCGGAUGACGGCGCGUGUACGUAGUGCGUGCGGCGCGGUACCUGUGUGCACGACGAGCGACAUAAUCUACGAGGUGCGUCCCGUGCCGCCUCAUGUCUACGCAUCGUCUUCGUCGCGCGGACACAGCACAGCGGCUCGCCACCACCGUGUCUACCCCUACCUCCGGCAGCAAUAUUACCCUUCCUAGGCCCUAUGGUAGUCACACGCUUCAGUCAUCAACGACGCACAGUGGCCCAUGUGUGAACUCCAAGGGACUAGAAUAUCUUUUAAAGGGCCUCGAGGCGACACUGAGUGACAGCAAGAAAAAGUACAGUGACAAGGUGAGUGCACUUCUGUCAGCGUGGGAGUAUGUCACCAAUUAUAUUCCUGCGGCACCGCCCGAAGCCAUCCAGUCUGUCAUAGAAUGGGCUCACAGACAUACGUUGACACUGGUAUUGCGCGGGGAGUGGCCGAAGUUAGCACCCGUCGCCAAAACGCACCUCUGCGUAACGUUGCAGAGGUGUGCGUCUCAGCUGGUGCAACACCCCGUUGCGCCCAGGUGUACCGCUCUGCUGUCUCUGGUGAACAAUCCAUGGACGCAUCCCAUUCUCACCAGCAUACUUAACGGCCAACCGGAUUCCGAACAUGAAGAGGAAUUCUGUUGUUCGGAGAAAGGCGAGCUGCUGACGAUGAGACUGAAAAUGCUGUGCGAGGACCGCUGCGAGGACAUAGCGGUGAACCUCGCCGCUGCGUGCGUACGCUGCCUCAGACGAAACGAUCGACUACGAUCGCUCUCGGAGUCUCAUCACGUCCACUACAUGAUCGACGUGUACAUUGUCCUCUUGUACAAAUUGAAACGCACGCAAGAUAUUUUCGCUCAAUUAAAAUUAAUGGACCUCAACGACGGGCUUGAAUUGGUCCAGAGGCUUAGCGGUGAGAAACCAACCAAAUAUGGAACGGCGCGCGUUUGGAGAAAUUCGAUAAAGGCCGCGGAGUUGGUCGCGCAGUACCUUGUUACUGCCGGGAUGGUUCGACCAAUAUCAGAAACCGGUGCAAAUAUUUUGGAGCAGAUCUUAAAUUCUUGGGCGCUAUUACACGCAAAAUUAAAGGAUGUCGCACCUACUCUGCCCGGCAUGAUUAGGAAAUUAAUUGAACCCGCGGAAAGUGCUCAACAUAUUUAUAUCUUCUGUGCAGUACUUGAAAAACAUUUUGGCGAGAGUAUAAAACCUUUAGUGAUCGAAUUAUAUAUUAGAGCGCUGACAACGGACAUGAAUGAGCUUGAAAGUCAGAAGGCAAAAUCAGACAAAGACAAAGAGCGCGAGACCGCCAAGCGUCUUAGUACACAAUUCCUCAAAUUGGCGAACGUAGUUGAUAGUAAUAUCGGCAUCGCAAAGGAAUGCGUCUUGACGGCAUUCUCCUUACAUCCUACCAGAGCUUGCUACGACAGAAUAAAGGAAUUAGCAGUAGCGUGCGGAAAGGCCAAAGAUGAUGGGGUUUUGCAAGAGGGAGAAAAUAUUAAGAAAGAAGACAAAAUCGAAGAGAAGACUCCAGGAGAGGAUGAUCUCUCUACAUCGACUAUUUUGGUCAAAUCCGAGAUAAUGGAUAAUAACAGCAUCACGGAGACACAGUCGUCAAGUUUGAUAGAUUCGGAAACGCAGUCGCUGUAUCAAAAUUCGACCAUCGUAAAGAGCAUAAACUUUCAAAAUGAGCGGGAGAUAGAGACAUUCGAACAAAACGAUCAGUUAUUGAAAAGCUUGUUAACAGCAAAGAAGCCUGAUAAGACGAUGUCUGAUACGACAAUGCCCGCGGCGCUGACAAACAACAGGUGUCCGUUACAUCCGAAACACGAAUCUUCGUCCGACAAACCGCUCGGCGAACUCUGCUUUAAUUGUGGUGAAUUUACUGGGAGCAACAAACUGAGCGGCAAUAAAUCUCAAGCGAGCGAAGCUAGCACGAUGCCGAGCAACAACAGCUUGGAGAGAACACUAGAUACAUUGAUUCUGAUCAAGGGCGACACGAUGGCAGGCUCGACCAAUUAUGACGAAAAAUCUGUGCCCAGUCAAGUUCUGGAUGGCGAGAAAUUAGGUCUUUCGCCACAAUUAUGCGACGAUCUGGCAGUAGUACUGAAUAGUCCGCGUUUCAACUUGCUCAGCUGGGUGCUAGAUUGGAAAGAAUUGAAGAACUCAUGCGAACAGUACCUAGAAAAUGCCGAGGAAAUGCGCAAUACGAAUAAGGAGCUCAAAUAUCUGAACAUUGACUAUUCGCAGUUCAAGAAUUGGCCAUCGGAAGACGACACUAAGGACAACUAUUUUGGCAUCGAAAAGGGCUAUGAACAUUGGGUCGAUCUGCCAUCUGACAGUUCGGAGCAAUUUGGGAGCUUUCAGCCGGCGGCCGGCUACAAGCGCUCCUCAACACGCCGCAGUUUGGACGAUACCACGUCGGAUUCUGACAGCGGUAGUGUAUUGCGCGUACGACGCACUGCACGAAAACGCAAGAUCCAUCGGUUAGAAUCAUCAGAGAGUGAUUACGAUAGCACCGAGCCUAAACCAAAGCGCUUUAGAGGUAGGAUCAGCUCGGUAUCAGAUAGCGACAGCAAUACACAAGAUAGUCAGACCGAUAGUUUGGGUAGCGAUGGUUGCCGAUUGGAAAUCAAGAAGAAAUCCAACAAAUUGAGUAACAAGGAAUCCAGCAAGAAACGACCGAAGACAUCGAAACUCACCGUCGAGUCUGUCUCGCAUUUUCACAUGUUAGUGAAUGAAGACGCACGACGUACAAACGCGCACGAAGACGCCAGUGGCUCUGAUGUCAGCAGCAACGACAUUAUUACCCUUUUUUCCGCCGAUAUGGAUGAAAAUAAACGCGAGACGAUCAAGGGCUCAGCGUAUACCGCUGCGGCGCAAUUGAUCAUCACGACUACAGAAAGGCGAAGCGAUCCAGCAGUGCUCAAAUCUCUCAGGAUGUACAGACCACAGAAUUCGAAGAAAAAGCCAUCGAAGAUCUCGCAGAUCCUGCAAAAGAAUCUGCUCAACAAGAGCAAGGACACCAACAACGGCAAUCGGAUGGAUUGUACCGAGCAACAAGGAACGAAUAACAUCGCGAAAUUCGCGCCGAUGCUGAGCACGUUGAAUCUGAACCCGAAAAUCGUGUUGACACGUACAGACGAGGUUGACCGCAAACUCACAAACCAUUCCAAAAAGCAGCAACAACGGCUGAGCAGCGGUGAUAUUACCAGCGAACUAAUUAACAUAAAGACGACGAUGCCAUUUUCACCAAACAAUAAGAGCGUAAUGACGUAUCAAAAGAAACAAAAGGAACACACUGUAAGUGGCAAGAACAACAACAGCAGCGGUAAGAACGACCUAGACUGUUCCAUGGUAAUCGAUGGCCAUCGUGAUCAUCAUCACCAUAAUCGUCUCGGCUCUGUCAAGUCUAAUUUGAGUAAGACAAAGUAUGAUAUUCUUGCAAAGGCCGUUAGGGAUUCCGAUAUAUUGACUAAAAAUGUGCCGGGUAUGAAUUCGCUAGACAUGAUGGUGCCACCGCGACAGCGUUCCACGGUGAAUGUUGUGCAGCUUUCAAGAAACAGUAUUCCGCAGAGUCCAAGUUCCGCCACGGGCACGGCGGCGGCGACUAUUAAUGUCAGCGGUAACACACCACCCCGGCCCACGCGUACACCAAGCGUGGCCAGUAAUCAAAGUAGUAGCGGUGGCAACAAUAGUAUACAAUUACCGGGCACGCCGUCCUCAACAAGCGGCCACGAUAGCGGCGUUGGUAUGAGUCCAGCCGGUCAAACGCCGCCACUGAGAUUAUCAUCAAAUCUUGGAAGCUCGCCGGAUGCGGUUGGUGAGGAAGCCAAUCAGCUGCCAGAUGCCGCGUCACCGACUAUCAGUCCGACAAUCUCGGCGACGACGAUGACCGCCAACAAUCCCUCAUCGAUACAUCAGCUUGAUGCUACUGCCGCCGCCGUCGUUAUCGAAUCAUCCGGUGCAAUGCGAACAAUGGCACAGAUACGUCGCGCGAGCAAUCAGCACAACAAUCAAUCGCCAAGAAAAUCACCUUCUUCUCCGUGUUCUACGGGUGCGAUUGGAAUCAUAACCACGACGACAACGACCACGACAACGUCCCCGGGAGGAUUAGCCGCGACACCUAUUACAUCCGAGUCGUUAAAGGUCAUCUGCAAACCGGAUGGCAGUUACCAUAUUGCAUCGCUCAGUCCCACCCAGAGAAAUCUUUUAGGCUUGCAGAAUCUGGACGACGGUAUUAGUUUUGCGCGACAAACAACGCAGCAACCGCAACGUGUCACGGACGCAACAGGUGGCGCGACAUCUAAUAGAAACGCCUACGAUCGACUUACCGCUUCCUCUGUAAAGAACACAUCACAAUCCAGUCAGAAUGCUGUUCUGCCCAAGUUCAAUCAGGCCUUUCGCAAAACACUUUAUAGCAUGUCAACUGAUACACCUGCAAGUAGUGCCGCUAACACCUCGAAUGAUACAUCUCUGGGCAACAUCCAACAAACGGCAGCAGCGUCCACGCAAAAAACGACGAAUCUAUCAAAGGCAGUGCAAACAUCCGUGCCGAACAAUCAGCAGCAACCACAACAUCAACAACAACAACAGCAGACAAAUGCUGGCAACAUCAAUGUGCAAUCAAUCAUUCCCAAUCUGCAAUUGUCAACCAACAGGCAGGUAGUUAGUAUUGUGCCAAGUUCCAGUAAUAACGGCCCAACAAAUACCGCCAUCAACUCGAACCAGAUUGCUAAUCAAACAAUAACACAACUUGUACAAAAUGCAAGCUCGCCCAACACUGGCGUCAUAUACACGCACAAAGUGAUAACCAAUAAUCCGAAUCAACUCAACAUUAUACCGACCAACAUUAUAUCGCAUACCAACUCUGGCAGAACUGCAGUCGUUAAACUUAACAUUCGCCCAGUUAGUAGACAGCAAAUGACGGGAGCUAUUCAGGCUGUCUUGCAGACGCCGAGACUGCAGCAACAACAACAACAACAACAGCAGCAGCAGCAACAGCAGCAACAAGCCGUGAGAACGGAUAGUUUGAUUGGUUCUCCGAUCGAAGUGAAUAAUGAAGUGAGCUCAACGACAUUGGAACAGCUACGGGAGUUUGAAAGUGUGCUAGAACAGGUGAAAGAGAGAAGUAUUCAGCCACAGGCUCACCAUUCGAUUUCCAACAACGCGACCACGACAACCGUACAAACACAAACCACUACACAGCAGACUCAAGCGAAUAAACAACAGCAGCAGCAACAACAACAGAUUUCCGUUAGCGCUUUGGCACAGCAAUUGAUGAUGCCUACGCAACCUAGCGCUAAUAAUGAAUCAUUUGCUAGCAAUGGUAAUACUGUGACAUUCCAGCAAGAAUCUGUAUUUUCGCAGAAGGUUUCUGUGGCCUAUGUGAACCCGAGCAGUGGCAACCAAGUUGUCACCGCCAAAGUGGCGGCUAAUUCUACACCAACGCCAGUGGUCGUGGUUACUAGUUAUUGUCAACCGGCAGCAUCACCAGCAUUAAGCGUCACGUCACAGAGUUCAUCGAGUCCAUGUGUAACGCCGGCACCGACGCCGUCGGCCGGUAAGACGCCACCGACACCGCCAUCUGUUGCAGCCGCGGCCGCUGCCAAGACUGGCGUAAAGAAAUCGACGCCAAAAGCGGUCAAGACCAGUGCCACUAACACGUCCAAGGCGUCGCCUAUACCGAAACCACAACAAAAGCCGCAAGAGGAUGAGCAAACUGCCCAGCGGAUCUACGCGAUUCUUGACGAAUACGCUGAGCAAUUGAGAAAUUCGCCGGAUCUUAACAAUAAACCUGCGCCUCGAAGAAGAUCUAAUCCACCAACUAAUCCAAGCCAAUCAUCAAAGAGAAAAAAGUCAAGCUCGAGCAAGACUAAACCGGUGGGACAGCAAACUUCCGAAUUGAGCCCCAGUACGGACGAUCUUGGCAGAACUAUGGGCAGCGAGGAUUCAUCCAGUGGCGUUGUACACGUGCAGGAUAGUCCGGCCGGAUUUUCUGCACCGGAGGAACCAUCAGUGAACGUUAAUGCCAGCAGUCAUGCGGAAACGAGCGCGGAAGUGCGUAGCCUGACGAGCGAUUCCAACGAUGGCGUUGAAUUGAACGUGAAGCGGCGUAAUCUCAUCUUUACGGAGCCAGGUUCAAAUCAGCCGCGCGCAGUAAUUGUGCAAGAAGCGUUGCCGUCGAACUCGGUGAGCGUUAGCGAGGCACUCGCUUCAGUCACCAGCAAGAUGGGUGGUGCAUCGGUAUUGAUGCCGGGUAUUGUACUGCCAUUGGCAGUAGCCAAGGGCACUCAGUACAUAGUAGGAAAUACUAAAAUACUCACGGUGCCAACUGUGCGUGCCAGCAAUAACAGCACUAAUACCUUGGUGCUGCAGUCAUUCCUCAAUCAGGGUAAGCUGAUCACGCAGCCUCACGUUAAACAAAUGAAAAUGCAACCCACCUUGCAGACACUAUCGAAUAAUAAUCAGACGCUCACUGGUACACAAAAUGUGCAGAGCGCGUCUGUAGUAAUACCUCAAACAGGAAGUGCGCAAUUUGUCGGAGAAACGGCCACGGCUACAGUAACAACACCAGACGUGAAGCCCAAUGUGAUCGGUGACUUGACAUUGAAAAAUGAAGCAGCCGUGACCGUUAGCAGCGGACUCACGGUCGAAUCAGCAGCAACGAAUGCCGCCAUUGUAGUAAACAAGAGCAAUAAUCCCACUAUCAGUCUAAUUGGCACUCGGACCAUCAACGAGAUAUCGGAUAAUCAACAAAUAUGCGGUGUUAUCACCAGCAAUCCAACGCUGCAAAGCACGACGAGGCUUUUUAAUUCAAGCAUACAUAAACUAUCGACACCUGCCACCCUUAAGGCGGAUAAUGUGGUCUGCAUAGCACCAGCAGCUGCUGCGGUCUCACAUUCGCCGGAUAAGAAAUCAUCUCAGGAUGGACGGGAGAUUCAUGCCGAGAAACCGAUGUCUAUACAAACAGGCGCUACCAUCGCGCUCACGUUUGCCUCGCAAACCGAUGUAAACGCCAUACUCAACGACGCUAGUCAGCAACAGCAGAAAGACACGAAGGAGAUGUCCACCGAGAUAACAGCUGGUACCAAAAUUAUUUCUCCGAAGAAAAGAAAAUUCAACGAUGUUAUCAGCAUACAAGAGAACAUGUCGCCGAGAACAUUGAUUCCCAUGAACAUUGCCACGUCAUUACAGAAUAAUACGAAAAUUGAGUCUUCUAUUAUCUCUACGAACAAGCAAUCGAGCGUCAUCGACAGUACGACGCAGUUCUUGGUGACCGGUGGACCGAGCAGUUCAGAUAGUCAAGAAUCGUCUAUGCAACAAUCCACUGAAACAAUCGAUGGCUCCUGCAAAGUCGGAAAUGGGAUGCUGUAUGAAAACGCGCGCUUACAGGAAGCCUGGGAAUCAGAGGGAAAGAUUUCACCUGACACGCCAUGGAGAUAUAAUCCUACGUCAAUGAAUACACUAAGCAAUGAUUCGUUGAAAGGAUAUUCCAGGGACAGUGAUAAUUCAGAGGGCGUGCUGCAGAUCAUCAAUAAGGGUCAAGGCAUUGAGAUGGCGAGCGGGCAGAUCUAUCAGUCGAACACGAAGAAAUAUUUCAUGAAUCAUACUCUAGAUACUUCGUAUUCUAAUAAGAGCAAUCUGAUGAAAUCACAACUGAUUCCCAGAAUGGAUCGCGAUUUGAUGCAGCAGAGGUUAGAGAGGAAAGCCGCGGCGUACGAGCGCGAACUUAAAUUGCAAAAGAGCUUAUCGGAAGAAUGCGAAGAUCUAGGAGUUGAUGAACCCAGCACCAGCGAUCUAUUUCCCGAGGCGGAUUUGUUAUUUGACACGAAUCACUCGCCCUCGUUCGAUCAUUCCUCGCAGGAUGCGUCCUGCAGUCAAUCCUUGGGCAUGAAGCCAUACAAUAGCUCGUAUUUUCGGUCGCUGGACUCGUCAAGCGGCAGCAGGGAUGCUAGUCCGACGAGCGAUUUCAAAUCGAACGAGUGUAAAAGGAAUACGAGUCAGCGCGCUAGAACAUUGAAGGAUUCAUUAAAGAGGGGCAAACGAGAAAAAGAGGAUCUACAUUUGGAGACCCCGGUGAAACAUAUGCGACUUACUAUGGACAAUCUAAGUCAGGAUGAAGCGUCGAACAGCAACUCGGACAUCUCUAGGCUAUCACCGGCAAAUCUCGGCUCGCUGGAGAACGAUUCGUCGAAAGACAUGAGUGGUCAUCAUCGUGUCAAGCUGCUUUCGAGGAGUGGUUCGAAAGAAGGUACGCCUAGCAGUGUAUCCAGUAUACCAUCUAAUAUGAAACUGGACAUUGAUCUGGAUUCGGAAUCGCUACCACCUAGCAUCAACGUUAACAAUACUUCAGCGGCAAGCUCAGGUGACGAAAGUUUAACUCUACUUAGCGGCAAUACUGCAGACCACCAUACUAUACCAUCACCAUUAUCACCACUGGCCGCGGCCGGACCAUUGCUGUCCACGCAUAAGUACACAUACACCAACAAGAAGCGCAUGCCGUCAUCCAAAAUGCGCAUGGAUUCGUACAUGGCGUGGGAGAGUCCAAUGUCCGAACGCACGAGGUCCAGCAGCGAGGAUGAGGACUCGAGCAUCAGCGAAUCGAUCAGCAGUCAGCCGGAGGACAAUGUUGCAUUGAGCAAUGGCUUGGAAGACAGUGUACAGACAUUAAAAUCCUUGUCCACCGAUCGACGUUGCACCUAUGUAAAGAAGAAAGAUAAACUGCAAGUGAAUGCGAGGGUAGUUUUAAAUCGUACCGAUCAUAAAGCAACGGCAACAAUGGCAGCGCUUCCUAAGCGAAUUCCCAAGACGGAAUCGAUAGCGAUAGCUGAGUCGAUGGUAGUGUCAAGUGACAAAGCGUCGGAGGCGUCUGAAGACGAGGCCGGUAAUAUCGUACUGAUGGAGCCGGCGGAUUGCCGCGCCAGAAGAUCCAGUCUGCGCGGCCAUGUGAAGAAAGGCUGCGCGUGUUGCAACGGUUCGCCGGAGCGACCGAAAAAGAAGACAACGACGACGGUUAAAUCGGAUCACAAAUUGAAGAAACGCUUGUCGUCGAAGCAGCCUGGUAAGAGAAGGUAGUCCUAGCGAUCUAACGCUCGUAUGAGCACCGCAACAUGUUACUAUAUCAUUAACGUAUCAUCAUUAUCGUCAUUGAUGGUUUUUGAAGCGAUGCGGGCGUUUCAGCGCGAUCGAAAUUGGGUCAACACAGAUGUUGUACUUUUCUCGUCAAGAAGAACAGUAAAUGAUUUUAUUCGCAGAUCGGGAAAUAUAAAUGGGACACGUUAUUGUAAAUAUUACUAGAAACGCGCUUAGAUGCGCGAAUUACGUGAUUUACCACAUUUGCAACAUUUGAAACAUUGGUGGUUACAUGCAGGUUUAGCCAAGAAAAAUAUUCUCCAUGAGUUUAAAUUAAUGAUAAAUUUACGUUGACACGUUGACUUGCGUGCUUGCGUGCGUGUAGGAACAUAUGGAUAUGUGAGAAUGUACGCGCGCAUAAGAGAGAAAGGAUAUAAUAGAGACAUAUGAUUUAUAUUAAUUAAAGUUCUCGUCGAUAUAACAGUAGAUCAUCCUUCUACCAUUAGGUGUUAACUAUGAUAUUAGAUUGUAAGAUACAGAUCAUUUAUGUAUGGCAGACUUAGAUUUUUAAUCGUUAAGGACCGUUUAGCGAUGCAAUCUAGUCAAGUCGUUUUGUGACGAGGAUGUGGGCGACGAGUGUAAACAAAUUAUGAUGAAUGAAAUAAGAGAUACCGUAAUGCGCUCGUUAAUAGAUCACUCGCAGAGUAAAGAGAGAGAGCCUGAAUUUAUAUAAUUCAAUCUACAGUAUGUCUGUCAUGACAAAGCUCUAUUCCACGUUGUAACAUGGUGUGGUCAGACUGAAUAGACAAAUAAUAAUAGAGUUCUCUUUCCGAAAACAGAUUAGGAUAUAGUAACAAGGAUGUGCAAUCUCUUUGGAAUGCAUUGUCUUUGCCUUUCGUGUAAUGCUUACUUGUAUCUGUAUAACUCUAACUUUAUAUAUAGAGAUGAAACUGUCGUUGUAAAUUCUCGGCGCUCUGCUCUUGCAAAGCAAUCCUUGAAGAAAAGCGGGAUUGUUUGAAUGAUGAAAAGAUAUAUAUGUAUAUGUAUAUAUAUAUAUAUAUAUAUAUAUAUAUAUAUAUAUAUAUAUAUACGAUUUAAGCGAUAUGAGACAUAUGAAAGAAAAGUAAAAGAAUUUAAUGGCAAUAACAUGUUCUAUGGAUCAUUUUAAUAACUGUCUGUUAUACGGCCCGACCAUACCUUGUCAUGGUGCAUAAUAAAAAUCCAAAUGAGUGUACACAACACAUAACAACAUUGCAUAGAUAAUUCAUUGAAAAGGUAAUAUAAUAUUAUACAUAUAUAUAUGUGUGUGUGUAUGUAUGUAUGUAUGUAUGUAUGUAUGUAUGUAUGUAUGUAUGUAUGUAUGUAUGUAUGUAUAUGUAUGUAUAUGUAUAUAUAUGUAUAUAUAUAUAUAUAUAUAUAUAUAUAUAUAUAUAUAUAUAUAUAUCGCUGCACUUUAGUACAAAAAUGCUUCAUUUUGUUUCGGAUGAAGAUGACAGAUUUAUAUCAUAUUAUUAUCGUGAGAUUGCUCGUGUGAAUGACCGUAAAUUUUGCUAUAUGUGUGUGUGGACUUACUCUAAACUUAUAACUUAUAAAAACUCGCGUGUGAAAAAGGCUGCGUGAGAGUAUAAUGAGUUGAUCCAACCUUUUGUUGUAUAAUUACAAUUGCGUCAUUGGGCGCUGAUAUCCAUUCCAAACUUUUACCGGCGCGCGAUAUAUAUGUGCAUGUAUGUAUGUGUAUAUAUGUGAUAUAUAUAUAUAUAUAUAUAUAUCAUAUAUCAUAUAUAUGUAUAUAUAUACACAUAUAUAGAAAGAACUCGCGAUUUAUUCUUUCUCUCUUUUUUUGUUCUCUUUCGAUGUUGCAAAAAAAUUGUAGCUUCAAGUAAUCGAGGUAUAACUGUUCCUGCGAAUAGUGUCUCAUUACGUGAUAUGAACCAAAGUAGAGGCUCUGUCGAAAAGGAGAUGAGGGAAACGCGAAUAAUGAAUUGGUGUGAACAGCAUUGCUGUUGCGCGUGUAGAAUAUGUAAAUUGUAAUUCAAUUAAUCUCUGCGCUCGUUUUUUCCUUUUUUUUUCUUCUGUAGAAUGAAUUUAAUUAUUUUUUUAGUGGUUGUAAAUAUUUUUUUUAAAUUAGAUUAAAAACUGUACACUAUCAUUAUACAUAUAUUUAAUACAGAGAUUCAUAAUCGAUGACUUGGCACUAAACAAAAACCGAAGAAGAAGAUAAAAAAAGAAUAAAUAAAGCUUUUAAAUUUUUUUGUUGUAAUUUUUCACAUGCGCUAUUACGAAAAAAAAAUCUUAAUUUUAUGAAAGAAUUAUAUAAUCGUUUAUAAAAUGAUCAUUUUUUUUUUAUGGAGUAAUGUUAUAAAACAAAAUUUAAAAAAUUUACAUUCUCUUUGGUUGUAUGUAACUAUAUUAUUUUGUGUAUACAAUUUGAAUAUAAACAAAUAGAUCGAUAUAAUUUUCUAUUAUUUUGUUUUUUUUUUAUUCGCAAAUUAUACACAUUCUACACGUAUGCCAACACUGCGAAUAAAAUAACUAACAUCCUUUUUCUGUGAUUAUAAUAUAUAAUAUAAUCGCUUCGCUAUAAAUAUGACUAAUUAUCACAAAUCACGUUCCUUUCAAUUCCUCGUUCAGUUAGUAGUUAAACGACGAGCAAGAUAUCUACCUCCUGCGCUUAAUAUAUCUUUUUAGUUUAUUUUGAUUAUAACAAUUUUUCUGAUGAGAGCGUGGAAGUUGAAAUACUUAUACGUAUAAAAAAUCGCUUAUAACAUGAUUUUUACCUGAUAGACAAUUUGAUUUUGCGAGAUAAAAACGUAAACUGCGUCACAUCCACUUUUUCUUUUCUUAUAUCUUUUAUCAUUUAAUCCAAAUCAUUUUGUUUUAUAUACAAUUCAAAGCGUGAAAAGCGUAGCUCUCGGGAAGAAAGAUUCUGUAAUUAAAUAUGUGUAAAUAAAUACGUUGAGUAGUA